AUGGUGUCCAAUUUAGUUAUACCGGGAGAUAGUAUUCUAAAGGAUACUAAAACAACCAAAACCACAAUAGGGCCGGGUAUAUAUAAGAACCCUCAAACUCAAGAAAUAAUUCCAGCUUCAGCUGGGAUAUUGAAUGUUAAAACUAAUAAGCAAAAUACAAAUACAGUCAUAUUCACAGAUUCUAAUUCAAAAAGAUACAUACCGCAAACCAAUGACUUUGUUAUUGGUAUUAUUGUAGGUGUUUUUGGUGAAAGCUAUAAAGUCCAGUUGCAGUAUUUUUCCACGAGCGUUCAAUUAUCAAUGAUGGCAUUUCCUAAUGCCUCCAAGAAAAACAGGCCAAAUCUAAAGACUGGACAAGCAGUGUAUGCUAGAGUAUCGCAAGCAAUUCCGGAAAUAGACACUGAACUCGAAUGCAUUGAUCCUAUUACUGGUAAGGAAGGUGGAUUUGGAUUAUUGGAUGAAUCAGGUUACAUUUUUAAUAUUAAUUUAAAUUUUGCUAGAGAGUUGCUAUUCAAUCAAAGUUCCAUCUUCCUUGAAAAAUUAUCUACAAAAUGUAAGUUUGAAAUUGCUAUUGGAAUAAACGGUAAAGUUUGGUUAAAAUGUGGAGAUGGUAUCAAACAGACCAACGAAGCUGAAGAUGAUGAAAACGAAAAGACCUCAGAUUCAGCAAGAGAUUUGAAGGCUACAUUAGCAGCUUGUAGAUUUUUGACUAGGUGUCAGCACAUAAAUCCUAGUCAAGUGGAUAUAGAAUUGAAAGAAGCCUUUAAACAUUUCUAA